AUGCUUGCAUAUGGAAUUCCAGACGAUCUGGUGGAUGAGUACGUGCGCAUGAUUGAGCCCACAUGCCUGCCGUCACUGUACAGCUUCUGCAAGGCUGUGGUGGCAGUGUUUGACCCUGAGUACUUGAGGCAGCCAAAUGUCGCUGAUACAGAAAGGAUGUUGGCAAUCAACGCCGAUAGAGGCUUUCCAGGCAUGCUUGGCAGCAUAGAUUGUUCUCACAAUGAUAUCAACGUGAUGCAGCGUUCUCCAGUCUUCGCAAGGCUUGCAGAAGGACACUCCCCACCAGUCAACUUUGAGAUCAAUGGCCACCACUACAACAAGGGAUACUACCUAGCUGAUGGCAUAUAUCCUCAGUGGUCAACUUUUGUGAAGACAACAUCGAAACCCCAAGGAAAGCUUUGGGAGGUGAUGACUGCUUGUGUGAUCAUGCACAAUAUGAUCGUCGAGGACGAGCGUGAUAACAGCAUCUUCGACCAAGGAUUUGAUUUUCGAGGUGAAAAUGUUGAGCCCCUGCACCAAGAACCGGCCACGUUUGAACAGUUUGCCCAAUUCCAUCUUGAAAUGCGUGAUUGGCACACUCAUUUGGAUAUUCAAAAUGAAUUGGUUGAGCACAUGUGA